AAUCACCGCUACUUUAGUGAAUUAACUCAGCUUUGACUUCGGUCGUCCACUCUUUCACAACGCUCUUAUAAGCUUUCAGCUUUUACAUUCUUUUCACCUUUUAAAACCACUUAAACUACUUGUUCGUUUUACGUUCAAUAUCAAAUACCUUCAAAAUGCGUUUCGCCGGAGCCGUUUUCUUCGCUGGUGCCGCCAUGGCCGGCAGCACUCUCUACGAGACUGACUAUGUCACCAUCACCUCUUGCGGUCCCACCGUCACCAACUGCCCGGCCCGGUCUACCGUCACCAGCAGCACCGUCUACCCGGUGUCUAGCUCCGCGACCGUCCCUGGAUACCCCGUCGAGACUCCUUCUCAGUCUCAGCCCGCUGAGGUCCCUUCUGCGUCCCAGCCCGGCUACCCCGCUGAGACUCCCUCCCAGUCUCAGCCCGGCAGCCCUGCCUCCAGCCCUGUUCUCAGCAGCAGCAGCGUCGCCGCCGUCGAGAGCAGCACCAGCGUCGUUGUCCCUACCUCCAGCUUCAACAACGGCACUAUUCCCUCUUACCCCAGUGCUACUCCUUCCUCGUCCGCUCCCGGCGUCCCCUCGGGCCCGGCCAGCAGCCCCGCUGGCUCUCCCUCUGGAUCCGCCCCUGGCGCUCCUUCGGAGACUGCUCCCUACCCUACCUCGGUGAUCCCCAUCACCUACACCACCUGUGUCCCUACCACCAGUGUCAGCUACUCCACCAUCACCGUCAGCCCCUCUGCUCCCGUCGGCACUGCCCCCGGUGCUCCUGGUGCUCCCGGUGCCCCUGGCAACUACCCCACUGGCUCGUACACUGCUUCCAACCCUCCUACUGGCUCUUACCCCACUGGCAGCCCCAUCCCUACUGCCGGUGCCUCCACCAUGGCCGGCUCUGGUCUCCUCGCCGCUGCUGCCGGUGUCGCCGCCCUUCUCUUCGCUUAAGCGAACAAUCUUGGUUUUCUCUGUUAAUGAUUCGAAAGCCGUGAAGGCAAUGUCAAUAUGAGGCGCGAACUAGAACGGUUCGGUUGCAUAUGUACUUAAUCCUUAAUAGCGUUAAUAGGCCUCGAAUGCCUACGAAAAUUACUUCAUUCGAUGUUUGUUUCCCAAUGAAUGCUUUUAAUUCGCUGUGAAUUGUAGCCGUUUAGAAUUGUAAUUUUAGUGACGAUGUACCUGACAGGGUAAUGUUAUAGUUUCCUAUUUGGUGAAGUGGGUGCUGAUCUCCAUCUGAUCCUUCGCUGCGUAAUUUCCGAUCCCUGUUAGAAGAUCGUCGGGAGUCGUCCAAUUGGGGUUCGGUACCGGUUAUUUUUGCCAACGGUCGGGAAAUUAUGCGAAGAGUUAUUGUUCUCAUUCGAGGGCAACUUUUGCAUUUAUUGCGCCUUGCGCUGAAGUAACACAUUCGCGGCUGUGUUCUGUUUCCCAUAGCUUUUGUAAGUAACGUCACACGGUUCAGGCAUAUUUCAGUUGCUUCGGGCGUUUAGAUAUGUCACUCCUGAAUCUGAAAUGCGUUAUGCAUGCUCUCAGCAGUUUAUGUCGUUUAGCCGUGUCUACGCGCCACAUUAUCCUGCUACGUAUGAAUAUAUCUCAGGUCAAA